UUUUGAUCAAGAUAAGAGCAGUCUACGAAAAUGUCUUAGAAAACUUAUACUUUUGUGGUUUAUUGAAUUUUAUCGAGUCGUAUGGUAUUAAAAGUUCAUUGUUAUUAUCUACUAUAUUCAAAAAACUUCGUGUUAGGGUCAUAGUGCGCAUCCAUUAAGGCUACAACUUGGGCGUCCCAUUAAUUUUUUUACACUCUAUCCUAUAUAUAUAUGCAACAAAGGAAAUUAAAAUUUUCUGUCUCAUCUCUUUUUACGUCAAAAGCUGAACCAAUGGUGAAAAUGAAUCACGUCGAUGAAUCAAAAAUAAAACAAUUUCUAUCUAAAUAUAAUAAUCCAGAAGCUACACGAAAAGAUCUGUUUCAAGCACUAGAACAUUAUCGGAGCUUACAUUGGAAAGUGGAACCAUUUAUAUUCAAUGAUGGAUCUCGAAAAGAAUUGAUUAAUUUGCAAGGCACUAUACCUGUAGUUUAUAAAGGUAGCACUUACCAUAUACCAAUUUGUAUAUGGUUGAUGGAUACUCAUCCCAAUAAUGCUCCAAUGUGUUAUGUCACACCAACAUCGGAAAUGAGUAUUAAAGUUAGUAAUUUUGUUGAUCACAAUGGUAAAAUUUACUUGCCAUAUUUACAUGAGUGGACUCCUUUCAAGUCAGACUUGGGUGGUUUAAUUCAAGUGAUGAUAAUAACUUUUGGAGAGCAUCCACCUGUCUAUGCAAAACCAAAAACUGAACCAAUAAUAUCACAUAACUUAAUGAACUCACCGCCUUAUCCAAAACAACCUAUGAUGCCAUCUAUACCAGUUUUACCUCAGGGAGGAUUUUCAGCUCAGUCCCAACAUGGGUAUUCUUCAAGUGAUUUGCCAUACCCAAACUAUCCAUUUCCAGGUUCAACUCCAAAUUAUCUUAUGUCCGGAUAUUGUGCUGGUGGAUAUAAUAACCCUCCAUAUCCUGCAUCUACACCAGUACCUACAAGUUCAAGUGGAGGUACUGGAACAAUUACUGAAGAACAUAUAAGAGCUUCACUUUUGUCAGCUAUAGGAGAUAAAUUGAGACGGCGACUUCGAGAACAAUUUUCACAAUUACAAGCUGAACUGGAAACUUUACGACGAACCCAACAAGAAUUAUCCAAUGGUUCUGCUCGUUUGACAGAGUUAUUUACCAAGUUUCAAAAAGAAAAAUCAGAAUUGGAAAAGAAUGUCAAAAUCCUACAAGAUAAAGAAACUGAAUUAGAAAUAGAAGUAAAUAAGCUCUCUGAUAAUCAAUCGAUUGACGUUGAUGAAGCUGUUACUACAGUUGCACCUCUAUACAAACAAAUGUUGAAUGCUUUUGUGGAGGAGGCAGCAAUUGAAGAUGCAAUUUAUUAUCUAGCUGAAGGAUUAAGAAGUAGUAUCAUUGAUUUGGAUGCUUUCUUGAAACAAGUUCGACAAUUGUCUAGACGACAAUUUAUGCUUAGAGCACUUAUGGCACUUUGCCGACAAAAGGCUGGAUUAGCCAGUUAAAGAAGAUGAACAUUAUUUUCAC